AUGAAUUUUCCCAAAAGGCUUUUGUUACAAAGAUUCCCAAUCCGAUCAGACACCUAUUCGUCCCUCAGGAACAAACAACACACGAAUAAGCAACUAACAAAUAACAGCAGUCCCUUAUCCGGGAUUCCGGAAAACUGCAAUCUACGCGUUAAGAAAAAAGCCAAACUCGUUGCUCAAGCCACUG